GACAACCCAGCGCGUCGUGGCUGGACCGGGUUCCGUCAGCUUCUCCGCAGACCUCUUUUAGCCUAUUUCUAAAUCGAUCGACUGAGCCCGGUCUCCAACGCCGGAGGCCGUGAGAACCUGUUCCUCUUCCCUCUGUCAUCUUUUUUUUUUAAAUUAUACAUCAUGAGGGACGAAGAUAAAACAAUCGAACAUGCAGAUUCAGAACAAUCCACAGAAGUGAAUCCCACAGCCUCUGCGCAUCAAGAAACCCAGGAGGAGCCGGUUAUGAACCUCGGGAGUGCAGAUGGAGGUGAACCAACAGAAGGAAGUAACCUACUGAAUAGUGAAAAAAAGCUACAAGAAACACCAACUGAAUCAAAUCAUUUGCAGAGACUGAGACAAACAUUUGCUUGCCCUCCACAUGGAUUACUGGAUAGAGUAGUAACAAAUGUUACCAUGGUUGUUCUUCUGUGGGCUGUAGUUUGGUCAGUAACUGGCAAUGAAUGUCUCCCUGGAGGAAACCUAUUUGGAAUCAUAAUCCUGUUCUAUUGUGCCGUCAUUGGAGGUAAACUGGUGGGGCUCAUUAAGCUACCUACAUUGCCUCCACUGCCUCGUCUUCUUGGCAUGCUGCUUGCUGGGUUUCUCAUCAGAAAUAUCCCAGUCAUCAGUGAUAAUGUGCAGAUCCAGCACAAGUGGUCGUCCUCUUUGAGAAGCAUAGCCCUGUCUAUCAUAUUGGUUCGUGCCGGCCUUGGACUGGAUUCAAAGGCCCUGAAGAAGUUGAAGGGUGUUUGCGUGAGACUAUCCAUGGGUCCUUGUCUUGUGGAGGCAUGCGCAUCUGCUCUACUUGCCCACUUCUUAAUGGGUUUACCAUGGCAAUGGGGAUUUAUACUGGGUUUUGUUUUAGGUGCUGUAUCUCCAGCUGUUGUGGUGCCUUCAAUGCUCCUUUUGCAGGAAGGAGGCUAUGGUGUUGAAAAAGGUGUCCCGACCUUACUCAUGGCUGCUGGCAGCUUCGAUGACAUUCUAGCCAUCACUGGCUUUAACACGUGCUUGGGCAUAGCAUUUUCCACAGGCUCCACCAUUUUUAAUGUCCUUAGGGGAGUUUUGGAGGUGGUAAUCGGUGUGGCAGCUGGAUCCCUUCUUGGAUUUUUUAUUCAGUACUUUCCAAGCAGUGACCAGGACAAUCUUGUGUGGAAGAGAGCAUUCCUUGUUUUGGGAUUCUCUGUGCUCGCUGUUUUCAGUAGCGUGUAUUUUGGUUUCCCUGGGUCAGGAGGACUGUGCACGCUGGUCAUGGCCUUCCUUGCAGGCAUAGGAUGGACAAGCAGAAAGGCAGAGGUUGAAAAAAUAAUUGCAGUUGCCUGGGACAUUUUUCAGCCCCUUCUUUUUGGAUUAAUUGGAGCAGAGGUAUCUAUUGCAUCUCUCAGACCAGAAACUGUUGGCCUUUGUAUUGCCACCCUGGGCAUUGCAGUAUUGAUACGAAUUUUGACUACAUUUCUGAUGGUGUGUUUUGCUGGUUUUAACAUAAAGGAAAAGAUAUUUAUUUCUUUUGCAUGGCUUCCUAAGGCCACAGUCCAGGCUGCAAUAGGAUCUGUGGCUUUGGACACAGCAAGAUCACAUGGAGAGAAACAGCUGGAAGACUAUGGAAUGGAUGUGUUGACAGUGGCAUUUUUGGCCAUCCUCAUUACAGCCCCAAUUGGAAGUCUCCUUAUUGGUUUGCUGGGCCCCAGGCUUCUCCAGAAAGUUAAACAUCAAAAUAAAGGUGAAGAAGUUCAAGGAGAGCCUUCUGAACAAGUUUAGAGGUGAAAAGAGACAAUGAUGAAUAUAAUAAAUAGAAAACUGCUACCAGAGGCUACUUUAUCAAGAUGGAAGUUGAAAUAUGUAAUGUUCAAGCUUAAAAUGCAGUAGAACCGUGGCUAUUUCUUUAUGACGGCAGUAAUACUCUGCAUCUCCAAUCCCGAUUUCUCUACCUUCUUUUUUUUUCCCCCAAACUCUCCUUCAUCAUAUGUCUUUAUUUUUAUUGGGACAUAAUCUACUUUAGUGUUCUACCAUAAUUUAAUAUUAACAUGAGAAAGAAUGAGUUCAGUUACCAGCCAACAGCUUGCCCUAACUUCCAGUUACUGUCACAGUUUCACGAUUCACAGUCACUUAGACUCUCAUCCUUUGAAUUGGUUUUGCCUCCUUUUUUUUUUUUUUAAACACCGUAAUGAAGUCCCUCAUCAAUUCCUACCCACUUUUUCCUUGCUAUUCUUCCUCUUCUUUUUCUAUUUCACUUACUACUUUUCUGAGAAUAAUUGUAACUGAUUAGUCCCUACCAAAUUUUUAAAGUACACAGGAAUUUACAUUGGUUUUUCCUCUUGCCCCCAUCUAAAUGUCAAAAGACCUUAUCCUAUUCCCUAACUGGCUAGCCAGAGUCCUCCAUUUCAGUGGCCCAUCUGAGUUACCUUCCCCAGAGAGUGUCCUAAUCCAGCUCUUUUUUAUUAUUUUUCUUAUGACCCAUGUCUUUAGGGCCUUUCUGUUCCCAAAUGAGAGAUAGCUAACUUUCAAAUCUAUGUCAUGCUCAUGACUAUUAUAUUAAUUAGGGUAAAGGUAAUAUACUAUAAUGAAGAGACAAAACAUACAGUACGUAAGAGAAAAUAGAAAUGUAUUUCUUCCUGUGAAACUGGCUGACUGGUUGAUGGUGAUGGAGUUGUUCUGCUUAUAAGUUCAUUCAGAGACCCAUGACCUUCCAUCAUGAGACUCUGUCAUGCCCUAGCUUAGGACAUUGGUUCAAGUUCAGUCUCUACCAUGUCUCUUUCCUAGCCCUCGGGAAGAAGGAAAAGAGAAAGUCAAAGGCAAGCAAUUUAUUUUUAAGGAAGUAUCUUAGUUAUCUAGUGCUGCUAUAACAGAAA